UGUAUUUUAAUAUGUGUCAAUAUAUGGUUGCUCCGAGUUGUCUCGUGGAUGGUCGUGGAUCAUCGUGAAUGUUCUGUCAGGGACGUGCGUUUAAGCCAUGCCGUGUCUAACUUUAAUAAAGGGUACAUUUAAAUGAUUCGUUUAAAUCAUUUCUUUAAAUGAUCAAUGUGUUAAACUUCGAGACAGCCUAAAAGAAAGUAUUGCGAUGUAACAUUUUGCAGAGGAGAUUAAACAUGAAUCUCAUUUGUUUGAAUAAAAUGGAGUUGGGUUAUCUGUACAAAAAUAAAUUAUUGUUCAAUCAAAUAAAUAUGUUGCGGUCAUAUUGAAAAUAUUCAAUGGUAAAUAUAGAUCCAAGAAAAAGGCUACAUUUUCAACUCGCACAAAUUUUUUAUGAUGUCACUUGACAUUUUACAAGAAAAAAAUGCAGCAAUAAACGCCAAGGGCAACAUGUCGGUAGGGUCACAGCCUACUACAAGGAGUGGGCUUAGAGUUUACAAGAUAGUUGUCUUGGGUGAUGGUGGUGUUGGAAAAUCAGCUGUAACUUUGCAAUUUGUAAGUCAUAGUUUUCUCGAAUGUCAUGACCCAACUAUAGAGGAUUCAUACCAACAACAAGCAGUAAUAGACGGAGAAGCAGCACUUUUGGAUAUUUUAGAUACCGCUGGGCAGGUAGAAUUUACAGCAAUGCGUGAUCAGUAUAUGAGGUGUGGCGAAGGAUUUAUGAUAUGUUAUUCUGUAACAGAUAGACAUAGUUUUCAAGAAGCUUUAGAAUAUCGUAAAUCAAUAUCACGUGUACGGCCUAAUGAGCAUAUUCCACUUGUACUGGUUGGUAAUAAAUUUGAUUUGGAACAUCAACGAGAGGUAUCAAUGGAAGAAGGUAAAGCGCUUGCAGAACAAUUAGGCUGCCCAUUUUAUGAAACAUCUGCUGCACUUCGACAGUUUAUAGACGAUUCUUUUUAUUCGUUAGUUCGACAGAUACGCUCAAAAGAAAGAUCACAUAAUUCGGUUCGCAAACAUAGUCGUUGGUGGCGUCUUCGUUCAAUUUUUGCUUUUAUAUACAGAAGGAAACGAAGACAUCAUCAUCAUCACUAUUUUCCAUAAUAAUAACCCAUUUUGAAGGAAUUUAGUAGAUAUUUUACAUUAGCUAAAAAUAUAGAAGGAGAAGCAAUUACUUUUGGGCUAAAUUACAACGAAGAGAAAAAUUGUCAUGAUUUUUAUAUUUUUAGAGUACUUUCCUAGAAAUUAAUUAUUUACUAACAUCACACUGCCUUAUUCUCAAACCUAAGUCAUAGGUCAUUGUCAUUUUGAAACAAGAAAGCAUACAUUGAGGUGGCAUGUUUCUAUAUUAGAUUUAUCUUACGUCGGUACAAACUUUGUAGCAUGUCCUAUAGAGCGAUAAAGUUUAACAUAGAAUUUAGCAAAAGAAGAAUUAACAACUUUAAAUUCAAACUUACAGGUAUUAUAGCAAUACAUUCUACAUGACAUUAUUUCGUACGUCUAGCACAUUUUUCGUAAAUAUUACUCAUCUCUAAGGCUGUUGAUAAAUAUACAAGCUCUUAUGUAUUCGUUUAUAAAACAAUACUGCAGACGUAAAGAUCCAAAGAGAUAAAUAUUAUUGGUAUAUCGCUAAAUGGGGAAACCAAUUAAUGUAUAUAUAUACGCAUGAACAUAAAACGUUAAAUGAACAUUUUAUAGAAUAAAUAUUUAACGUAUCGUUUGACUUGUGAAAAAUUCUAAGCUAGUAAAAUUCCUAUUUAUCUUCCUUUAAAAAAAGCUUUAUACGUGAAAAGGCAAUAUAAAUACUGAUAAUAAUUUUUUAUACUAAAUUUAACAGAAGUUACUUUAGGUAUUAUGUAACGGUCAGAAUUGUGUAUAAAAUUUGCAGUUUAAUAAUAUUUAUUUAGAUAUAAAAGUCGCACAAAAAAUAAGGACUUUUGGAAGGGACAAUCGGGACAUAUUGACAUUAGAGUAUAUAUAACAUUUAGCAAUCCAAAGACCAUCAUAUGUAAAUAUGUAAUAGUUGUAGGCUAUUCCUUUAUUUUUUUAUUUAUUAGUUGACUUGUGGUACGUACGAAUAUUUUAAUAUGUCUUUAACAUUAAAGACAUUUUUAUACCCAAGUUAUCACAUAAGAAAAAAGAAAAAGUUGACAGAAUAAAUAUCUAGUCGUUAGUUGAUACUAUCCUAGUCAAAAAUAUUCUGCAUUUUGUUAUGUGGAUAUCAAUCCAUAGCGUUAAAUCGUGCAGCUUAAAUAUUAUUUAUGUACAAUGUGUAUAUUUUAAUAAAAUCGUCCUUAUAAUGCGUUUUAUAUACGCACAACUCAUCAUAUGAAAUAUAAUUAUAUUUCAAUCGUCGUAAUGUCCUUAAAUGUGAAUUGAAAUGUAAGUUAUUAGUUCAUUUGUUAUAUAGUUCAAACAAAAAAGAAAAUAAUGUAACAAAAGUAUGAAAAUUAUUUGUAACAAAAGAUUUAAAAAAAUAUCGAUGCUGUUGGUAAUUACUUUCAGUACAUAUCAUAUUAUUUAUAACAUGACACUUGUACGUCACACAGUUUAUAUUAUUCUAUGUAUUACCAUAUUUAAAUAUUAUUAAAUUAUUCAUUUAUCUUAUCUCUCCCUAA